CCUCCCCCAUUCUUCUAUUGGCCUUCUCCCUCUGAUGACUCUUUUCCCUCCCCCCAGUUCAAACCGUCUUCUUUUCGACGUCUCACAGUCACGGUCUUACAGCAGGUGAAGUGAAAUCGAAGCUGCCAUACCCACACACACACAGAAGGUUGGGGAUUUCUUGAUCCCUCCAUGGAGGGCUUUUUCGUUCUUGAUUCUGAAAACUGUGGACUUGCAGUUGCAGUCCUAUUCAUGCUUACCCAUGUAUGGGUUCUAGGGUUACAUAACUGAUUAUUAUACUCUAGAGUUAGGUAAUGUGAAAGGAGAGAAAAUGGUCAAGAAAACUUCUUUGGGAACCGUUGUAAGGAAGAGAUUCUCAGAUAUAACCAACUCACAACAUCGACCAAGUAUUCUAGUUCAAGAUGACAAGCCAUUACCCGUUUCAUUUUUGCCGAACGACUACAUCGAACAUCUGCGCAAGGAAAAUGCUAUGCUGACGCGGCUUCUAGCAGACAGAAACAAAAUCAUUGAACUGAGUGGGCAAGAGUUGCAGAAACUGCGGAUGAAUUUGCAGAAAUUACAAAAGCAGAAUUGGCAUCUUGCACAAUCAAACAGCCAGAUGUUAACGGAACUGAACUUGGGUAAAGACAGGCUAAAAGCAAUGCAGCAUGAACUUGGGUGUAAGGUAGCCCUGCUGAAAGCAAAGGAUUUAUUACUGGAGGAGAAAGAGAAAAAAGCAACAUGCCAAAACAGUAGCACCGAGGUUAAGGUUAAGUGUGAGGAAGCAGCAGAAGAGACCUUGAAAACUAAUGAUGAUAAGAAGGCUUGCAACCCUAGUAGGAGGCGCCAUUCAAGGAACCAUUUUGCAGAUCCUGCUGGGGCACAAGUAGCUACAAAAGAUAAGGCUGACAAUAAAAGACUUUGUUUGAGAAGGCAAUCUGCUAGGUUUAUACAACCUGAACCUACUGAAGAUUUGUUUGAGAUAGAAGAUGCCAAAUUUCAAAUCCAUCAAUUGCUUGAUGAACAAAUGGACGAAAAUAUUCAUACUUUAUUGGACUCGUCAACCACAAAAGAAGAGGCAGAAGCAAAGAGUUUUUCUAGGUUUGAAACUCAACAGUCACGAAGAUCAUCAGUUGGAAGACCCUUGCGUAGGGCAGCUGAGAAGGUUCAAUCUUACAAGGAAAGGCCUCUUAAUGUAAAAAUGCGGAGAUCUGAGUAAUUCGAAACUGACUUUCCAUGUAGUACAAGAGGGGUGGAACCAUUUGUGUUUCCUACAUGUUACUGUAUCACUAUGUCCUGUGAUCUAAUUGAUUUUAUAGAAGUAACAAUCCUUUUUUCUUGUGGAACUGUGAAAUUUAGCUAAUUCACAUUUGGUGUAUUCUUCUCUAUCAUCUGCGAGUGAUAGGCAUGAUAUGCCAGAGAGAUGAAAAUAUAUAAUUGAUUUUUUUUUUUUUCCUUCUACAGUUUUGCAAACAGGUAAAAACCUCUCAAUGCAGUUGUUCUUUUAUUUUGUCCC